AUGGAACAACCCACAGCAAGGAGAACUCUCAAAAGAAAAAAAAUAAUAAGAACCGUACUCAUCUUCAACUGUUCCGAAAGUGUGGACCGUAUCGAAAGGAUUCUUAAGCGGGUUAGCUACGGAGACAUAAUUAUAACCCUAGAACUCGAAAAACCAAUACUUGAUGUACCUUUUGUCGGUCGUAACCACACAUCAAAAAUUAACGUUAGGCUCGGGGAAGGAUGGAUCGGAAAAGAUGCUGAAAUCGGUAGUUUAAAAUAUAACGCCAAUGGAAAACCAUACGGUAUUAUAGUCAUCUUUAACAUCUCCGACCUCACACCCAAAAUACGUAGGUGCUGGAUCAAAAACCUAAAAAACACGGAAGACACGAUCCACUUAGGUGAGUCCGAAGUCAUAAUACGUAAUGAUGAGAAUUUUGAAAGAUUGAUUAAAAGAUCCAGGUACUGA